CUCAAUUAUCCUUAUUACUAUCCCUUGUCGUUCCUACUCCAUCACCUCCGAAUAAUCGCUGCAACCCACCGCUGUGCACGGCCUCAAUGACAGGUGUCUCUGUAUUACCAGCUUCGCCCGUGGUCGGAGGGUUUGGUGCAUCGUUCUCUACCGUGCAGAAUGGGUCACCGAGGCCUUUCGAAGACAUAUCUGUUGCUGAGAUCCGCGAGAAGGCCAUCCAACAGGCUCAGAAAGUCAGCAAGGGGGCUUCGGCCGUGUCCCUCAUCAAGUCCGCCCGAGGCCAGGUGUCUCUUGCACAUGCGUGCGAGGGCGCCGGGGACUUGAAGGGUGCUCUCAGCGCAUUCACAAAAGCCGCUAGCCUUGCAAAGACAGUGAUGGACUCGGCCGAAUUCAAGGCUGAGAACGUGCCUGGGAAGAAGGGCAUUGUUUGGAAAGAGUUCACAGAUUUCCAGCAGCAUGCAGGCAGUGACUUGACAACGAGAGUACAUGCUUUGGAGAACAAGCUCCUCCAGAUAGAAAAGACGGCGACCCAACUCAACGGGGUCGAGAGUCCCUCCUCAGAUCUUCCCACUCAGAAGCCUGGGGGUAGUAUCGCAGAUCGAAUGCGCUCUCUGCAGGACGCCGGUUUGUCUGUCGGGACCUCUAAACGCAUGUCGCGAGAAAUCCCGAAUGGCACGAUUUCUUCAUCUUUGCAGUCUCCGAUCUCCGACGACCGUCCGCCUCGAAGUCCUAUGCCUAGCUUAGGCAUUAUCACUCCCACUUUGAGUCAAGCCUCGUCCAUCUCCGCAUCAGGAUCUCUCCAUUCCGCUGCUCCCUCACCACAUGCAUUCGUCUCCCCAUCUACUUUGAGCCCGCCAUCUCCUUCCUCUUCCACUUCAUCUUCACCCAGAGCUUCCCUCUUCAGUUUUUCCGAGUUUGCGCAGACAUUCCCUUCCAUAGAUGAGUUAGAGGAGGCGGACAACUUGCAAAUUGCAACAGUGAACACUGGCGCGAGCAAUUCCAGCCGACGUUCGCGUCGAGACUAUACCGGAGACCGUUCGCCUACGGUAGCGAAACCAUUUCCGACGCUCCCGUUCAACCCGGGCCCUCGACCGUCGAGCACUCCCAUCUCACCUAUGAUAGACAGCUUCGCCAGCCGACCAGCAUCUCCGUCUAGCUCUCCUCUCUCGCCCACCACCCUUCCCAAGCCGUCAGGACUCCUCAACAAGUCAUCGCGCUCGCCUCUGAUUCCAUCUCAUGCUAUCCCCGUGGACUUUCCAGUCAAAAAUGUUGCACAGCCGAAAGAGGUCUAUGACUAUAUAUAUACCAACGAACUCAAGGUGCUAUUCAUUGAUGUGCGGACAAGGGAAGAGUUUGAUCGUGAACACGUACGUGCAGAUGCGGUGUUGUGCAUCGAGCCGUCGGUACUUAUGCGGGACAAUGUCAGUGGUUUGAGCAUCGAAGACUCGCUGAGUGUCGCACCUCGAAAUGAAUCUUCCCUGUUCUCAAACCGCGAAAAGUUUGAUUUAGUCAUCCUCUAUGACGACUCUUCAGACUCUUUCGGUUCCCUCUCCACCCCGCUCUCGCUUCUAGUUCGCGCCAUCUACGAGACCGAGUUCAAAAAGGCCUUGAGGAAUGUGCCGGUCUUACUAGCUGGUGGGUUGCAGGCUUGGAAGAAAGAAUUGGGAGAAACCUUCGUCGCAAGAGCUGAGUCGAAUGAGGUCGUUGUGCGUCCUGUUCAGGCGAUCAACGGCUACACAACUCCGACCCUCCCCCGAUUCAAUGACGGAUACAAGUCCCCUCCACCAAUGGCACCUCGGGGCCAAGUUUUGGGUCGAAGUCGCGCUGGAACAGAGACCUAUGCAAACGGCAGGGCUGCGAUGGUACCGCCGGAGGAGUUCGCUCGCCACUCAUUGGACCAAAUGUCUGGAUCGUCCAGGUCUACCAGAGAUGGUACAGAUUAUAACGGAAUCUUGGAACCCACGCGUCGUCUUGUACGGAAGCCAACAAUGUCUCGUCCGCCAUCUACGUCAUCCACAUCUUCAUUUACUCGAACUGCUUCUGACAACGUUCCCUCACCACAGAUACCCCAGUCAAUGGUUAAUGGCGCCGGAAUUCAAUACCCCCAAUUCGCUCGAAAUAUGUCUCCUACGGUCCCCAGUUCAUCGUUCAAUCAAUAUACUGGAACUCACGGCAUCGUCUCUCCUCCUCAAGCCUCUAUCAACUCAUCGCCUCUUUCUCGGCGGCGGAGCGACUAUAUUGACCAAUCGCAGGAAGCGUUGUCUGGCAUGGCUCGCCCUCCGAUCGAUUAUCCCGAACUCUCAUCACAGCACAUACUGCGGAGACCGCCCGCCGCAGCAUCGCCGGGCUUAGAGAGAAAGGACAGCCGCCCCCGGCUCGCGCAGCACGGCCAGUCGUACUCCAUCUCGCAGUCCGGUCCGCCACCACCGACCAUUCCUUCUGACUAUCCCGUGACAUACUGGCCUGACGUUCACAUCGGAACAUCUGGUUUGAAGAAUUUGGGGAAUACCUGUUAUAUGAACGCGACCAUCCAGUGCUUGAGUGCCACUGUACCGUUCGCGCGGUUCUUUACAGAUGGCCGCUGGAAGACUGCGCUGAACUUGGUCAAUCCGCUGGGAACCAAGGGCAACCUCGCAUAUGCAUUUGCGAGCAUCUUGCAUGAUAUGUGGCACGGAGAAACGUCUUAUAUCUCUCCGUUCCCAUUUCGACGAUCGAUAUGCAUGCACGCGCCACAAUUCAGCGGGUCCGAUCAACAUGAUUCGCAGGAGUUCUUGAUAUUCCUGCUGGAUGGGCUUCACGAGGACCUCAACCGCAUCCUGAACAAGCCGAACGAUCAAGUAUCGCCCGAGCGCGAAGCGGAAUUGGAGAAGCUGCCGCAGCAGAUCGCCAGCGAGCAGGAGUGGCAGGUCUAUCGCCGGCGGAACGACAGCCUCAUUGUCGACUAUUUCCAAGGACAGUUCCGCAAUCGGCUGGAGUGUCUGACGUGCCAUAAAACGUCUACCACCUAUAACAGCUUCAUGUACCUCUCUCUUCCCGUGCCGACCAACAAGAUCCAAAAGAUAUCCCUUCAACAUUGUUUAGAUGCCUUUUUCAAAGAGGAGGUCAUGGAGAAAUCUGAUGCCUGGAACUGUCCCCACUGCAAGGUUCUGCGCAAGGCCACGAAGCGACUCUCGUUGUCGCGUCUCCCGCCGGUCCUCCUUGUCCAUCUCAAACGGUUCUCGUUCAAGGGCCCCUUUACCGACAAGAUCGAGAAGAACGUCGACUUCCCGCUCAAGGGUUUGGAUCUGACGAACUACAUGCCACCACCCCUCCCACCGGGCGUCGAUCGCAGUCAGUCCCAGUCGAUGAGUGUGGACGAUCCGCGGCUCCAAGUUCCUCCAUACCGAUACGACCUCUAUGCCGUCACUAACCACGUUGGGAGUCUCAGCAGUGGCCAUUACACUGCCUUCAUCGCGUCUCGCGGAGGUUGGCUCUACUGCGACGACAGCCGCAUCACCUCGGCUGAUGCCAAAGAAGUCGUUGGAAAACCUGCUUAUGUAUUGUAUUAUAAGAGGGUGAAAUCAUAGAUUACUUUUUGUUUGGUCUCUUCUGUCGUCUUGGUUGCUUAUCCUUUGCUUUUAUUCUGUUUUGCCCUCCCACAUGUACUCUCCUGACACCCGUGGCAUGUUCAGUGACUAUCAUUCUCUAUCGUUACAUCCUUAGGAACAACAUGUAAUCAUAUACAGUACAGGCGCGCGCCCGCCAAUGCUGAUGAACGAUUACGAGCCCGCCCGCCUGCCCACACCCGGCAUGUCGUUCCCGUGACAUCGAUGGCAUAGGUAUGAGCCCUCCGGGUCUCCCUUGAUGUGGUUGUGGUAGUACUCGGGGACACGGUGGAAGAAGGGCGAGUACAUCGUCUU